AUGCGCGGUCCGGAACGGUUCUAUCUCGCGUGCGCGUUUCGCACGCGGGCGAAGAGACCGCCGUCGUCGUCGUCGUCGUCGUCGUCGUCGUCCAAGCUUGAAGUCAUGCGAACGAUGGGAAGAGAAGCGAUGUUGAAAUCGAUGGACGACGGAGAAACCGAUGGAUCCGGACCGCUUUUCGACGAAGACAGGACGCUCCUCCUGGACGCGCUUGAGCGACAAGCCUCGAGCGGGCCGUGCGUGGGAGCGCGACCUUGGGGCUUUUGGGAUCCACGCGGCGCGUUGGAGUGGGAAGCUUGGUCGAUGCUGCGCAAAAUUUCCGCGGACAAAGCUAUGGAGCUGUAUUGCGAAGUGAUCGAGAUGCGAUACCCCGAUUGGUUCAACAUUUUAGUGCGCGGUAUGAGCGAAAAGCAGAAGCGAGCGCUCAUCGCUACGGCGAAGGAGUGCGCGCUCGAUUACUACAGAGCUCUCGCGAGCGGCGAACUCGGCGACACCGCUAAAGCGACGUCGAAGCAAGCGCGUCAAGUGCUCGCGUUUGACUCUGCCGCGAGUCCAACAGCAUUUCUGGACGAAAUAUUCGUGAGUGCGGCAGAUGAUGAGUUUGCCAAGUUACCUGUCCUUGACGAUAGCUCGCCUCGAGCCCGAAGCGGACACGUCGCGGCGAUGGUGCACGGCGACACGCUGUUCGUGAGCCACGGGCGGAGCGCGAAUUCACGCUUGCUUGGAGACCUCUGGGGACUCGAUCUAUCGACCGGUACUUGGAGCGCACGCAGCCUGCGGUGGCCGGGAUCUCCGUGCGCGGGUAUGGCAAGCGCUUUGAUCGAUUCAAAACUCUUCUGUUUUCGCGGGAAAUCAGCAGCCGAUUGCGAUGCCUCGGCUGUGUACGUUCUGAACGUGAGUACCAUAGAAUUGAGUGCUGAUUUCAGCUCGAGCGAUAGUCAGUUCAAGUGGACGCACGUUCGAGCGACAAACGAAGGUGAGGCUCUACCUCGAGCACGUCUCGCACAUACGGCGACGGUGGUGGGGGAUUCCGUACUCAUAUUCGGUGGAGUAGAUUCCGCGAGUGGUGAUGACAUGGCUGAGUGCUGGGCGUUCAAUCCACGUAACGCAUCUUGGCGUCGACUGGCCGAUGGAACGCGCGCACGCAGUUCUCACACCGCGACGGCUCUGGAUGAUCGAUAUUUGAUUGUGUGCGGCGGCAGCGAAGCUAAUGAACUGUGCGAUUGCUCCAUGGUCGAUGUCUUUGAUGCUCAAUCGAACGAGUGGUGUACGAUUCAGUGUGCUUCGAACGUUGAAGCACCGAGCCCGCGAGCGGGUCACGCUGCCGUCGUAGUUGGUAGUCGCUGGUAUAUUAUCGGCGGCGGCGACAACGAGCGCGCGCUGCAAGACGCAUACUGUGUAGACUUAAGAGGCUGCGUCGACGAACGUCGAACCGCCUAUUGGAGCGUCUUCGCGCGAGAUAAUCCGCUGAUUGGCAGAGAGGGGAUGUCCGCGAGUGCUGUGAUGAACGCAGCGACAGGGCGCGCAUACAUCUUACUACAUGGAGGCUCGAAUUUUGCCGCGAGCGCGUUGAACGACACGCUUGCGUGUAGACUGAGUACCGUUCACGCUUGA